AUGUUCAAUGGUGACCCAUAUGACAGUGAUUUGAGUAUUCCCAAUCCUCCUCCUGGUAAGAAUUUCUUGUCUGACUGGCUUCCUCGUCACAUGCCUGAUACUGUUCAACCUAUUGUUGACAAAUUUGUUGAUGCUGUUUUGAAGAAGUUCUCUCCUGAGUACGUUGCUACUAUCGGAUACUGUUAUGGAGCCAAGUUUGCCGUUCAACAAAUCGGUAAUGGUAAGGCCAAUGUAGCUGCUAUGGCCCAUCCUUCUCUUGUCUCUAUUGAGGAAAUUGCUGCUAUUAAGGCUCCUCUUCUUAUUAUUGGCGCCGAGAAAGACCACGUGUACAACGACGAGCUCAGAAAGAAGACCGAGGACAAGCUCAAGGAGAUCAAGGCUACCUACUUCACCACCACUGCUUCGGGCGUCAGUCACGGGUUCGCCCUCAGAGGCGAUCUCUCGUCCGAGUCCGUCAAGUUCGCCAAGGAAAAGGCUUUUACCGACUCGCUCCAAUGGUUCGAGCGCUUUGCUCCUAAGACGACCGGCACCCACUUGUAA